CGGGGACGCCGACGGCACCGGCUGCACGGUCGACGCGAGGGGACGCGCCGAUGCCGCCGCCGGAGUCGUCGUCGCGCCGCCCUCACGGUGACGGCGGCGCCGUGGAGCGGAGGGACCGGGCGUCGGCACGCCUCGGCCCGCGAUUCUCCGCGGCGAUCGUGGACGGCGCCGGCGUCCGGGAGCAGCACCAGCUGCCGCUCAGCAGCCACCCGUUCUUCCUGGGCGCCGGCGCGGCGCGGCCGAGCCCGCGGCCGGUGCGGUCGCUCACCGACGGAGGCGAGAGAAGCCAGCGCGCGGACGAGGAGAAGGAGGAGGAGGAGAAGCAGGAGGAGGAGGAGGAGAGGGCGGCGCCGGCGGAGCUCGCGCGGCGCUCCAGCGCUCCGCCCGCGCCGGUCUCGGCGCCGCCGACGUCCCCGACGUCGCCCCCGGGGUCGCCGCGGGACCCCGCGCUGUCCCCCGGGGGCUCGCCGAGACCCCUGCUCAAGGGGUACCUGUACAAGACGCCGUCGUGCACCAAGCCCAUCGUGGAGAGGCGCUCACGAGACGAGUUCAGCCGGCGGCGUUGCGAGCUGAGCUCCGGGGAGCUGCGCUACUUCGACGGGGAGCGCAGCUCCACGCCCAACGGGCGCGUGCCCUGCGGCCUGGUGUGCAGCCUGAGCACCCGCGGGGAGGCCAACCCUCUGCAGCACGGGUUUGAGAACACCUUCGAGCUGUGCGUGGCCGCUGAGGGCGAACGGGGCGACGGCGAGCGCCUCUACCUGUUCGGCGCUGAGUCGGAGGAGGCGUGCCACGACUGGGUCACGCAGCUGGCACGGUGCUGCGAGCCGCCCCCGCCCGACCCGCUGCUGGCUUUGCCGUGGGAGCGGCUGGGCCGGCUGGAGUUCCGUGACGGCUACUGCAGCCAGCGCUGGCGCCGCGGCUGGUUCGCUCUCGUGCGCUGCUCCCUCUUCUUCCUCCCCGACGAUUCCGGCGACGGCCCCGGUGACGCCGCCGCCGCCGGGCCGGACGGCGCUCUGCCGAACGGCGCCGCCGAGAGGGAGGAGGCGGAGGAGAGAGCGGCGCUGACGUCGGGCGUGGAGACGGAGCGGCAAGAGUCGACGGCGGCGGCGGCGGCGGCGACGGUGGCGCCGCGAAGUCGCAGCGCUAGCGAGGAGGUCGCUCCGGCGGGAGAAGCGACGAGCGAGCGAGCCGAGCAGCAGGAGGAGAGCGGCGGCGCCCGCCGUCUCGACAGCGUCAGCCUCAACAAACUCCGCGAGCUCAGUGUGAUGACUCCCAGUGAAGAGGGGGACAGGAGGGAGGUGCUGGUGCUGGGAGAGAGACGCAGGAUGCUGUGCGUGCGUGCGUCGGGGCGGCUCUGCUCGGCGGGCUGGCUCGCCGCGCUGCGCAAGGCCUCGGAGGGACGCAGCGGGGAGCUGUCGCUGGUGCAGCUCACGGACGGCGACGUCCCCGUCAUCGUCAGCAAGUGCCUGGCCUACGUCACGCAGUACGGGCUGGCGUGCGAGGGCGUCUACCGCAAGACGGGGGUGAACUCGCGCAUCGCGGCGCUGCUGAGCGCACUGCGUGGCGACGCUCGCUCGGUGCGCUUGGCGGACGGCGCCUUCCACGUGGACGACGUCACCACGGCGCUGCGCCGAUUCCUCCGCGAGGUGGAGCCCAGCCUCUUCACGACGCAGCUGCGCCAGCGGUGGGCGGACAACGCACGUGAGCCGUGCGAGGAGGCGAUGCUGGCCGGGUACCGCGAGCUCAUCAGGGCUCUCCCCCCCGUCAACCGAGCAACACUCACCGAGAUCAUCGCUCACCUGCACUGCGUGCAGUCGUACGCCGCCCUGAACCACAUGACGUCACACAACCUGGCCAUCGUGUUCACUCCGUCGCUCUUCCACACGGAGGGGAAGAGCGGAGCUGAGGGGCUCGUCCUGGAGCACCUCAUCGCUCACUACCCCUCGCUGUUCCACGUGAGUGAAGAGCAGCUGAGGGCCAGGCAGCAGGAGACCGACCUCAUCGUGCAGAUGAGCGGCUCAAGUUGCCUCAGCAAGGAGCGAGCUGGAGACAUGAUAAUGGAGGUUUACCUCCUGCACAAAGACAGCGACAGCUGCCUGAGUCUCCAGGUGUCGGCGGCGAUGACGUCGCAGGAGCUGGCCGAGGAGGUGCUGGAGAUGAGGCCUGGAGCGGAGCCGGGGGGAGCUCCCUGGGCCACCUUCGAGGUGAUCGCAGGGGGCGAGCUAGAGCGGGCCCUGCACUACCGCCAGCGCGUGCUGGACACGGUGCUGCAGUGGCGCCUCCACGCCGACUUCCAGACGCACUACCUCAUCGUCCGGCCUCACCCCGCCGCCACCGCCAUGCAGCACUACCUGGAGCAGAGCGGUGCGGUGCUGCGCUGGGAGGGCCCGGUGCGCCUGCGGGAGGAGGCCACGCGGCUCGGGGAGCUGCUGCCGGUGUCGCGGUUCCACGAGAAGUUCCUGGUGGUCAGCGCCGGCGUCGCCACCGUUUACCGCGACGCACGGGCAAGCCGGGCUGACAGGGAGUGGGCGGUGUCCUCUCUCACCGUCUACCGCGGAGUUCGUAAGAAGCUGAGACCCCCCACUGAGUUUGGUGUGACCGUGUUCCAUGGGCGCCAGCAGUGGUAUCUGUGCUUUGACAAUGAGGCGGACUUCCUCCACUGGCACGCGAGCAUCUUGUACACGCAGCACGACGGGGACCUGUGGGGGGCGGCGCGGGCAGCAGGGGGAGCGGCGGGGCGGGGGGCCGCCGUGCGCCGCGUGGGCAAGCGCUCGCUCGUGUCUCUCCGCGGGGAGCAGAGCGAGAUCCGGCGCAGCCUGGCGGCACUCAGCGCCGCCGCCGCCGCCAUCGCCAGCCCGGAGGCGUGAAGACCACGAUGCAGAUCCCUGGACUCACUCCCUUUCGCCCUGGAUCUCAUUCGCUCAACCUGCGUCUCAUCCAACUCCUGGACAUUUAAAAUCGCCAAGUGAACCUCAGAACAGAAAACAAAAACCUCAAAACGGGGCUAACGGCCCCGUUUGUGCAGAGCUGCCCCGAUUUUCCUGGGGCUUGUUUUGGUAAAAAAAACAAAAACCACUUUUUAUUUCACCAGCUAAGGCCCCAACUGAGCGAUACAGCUCGUUUUCAGAAGGGCCAUCACAAACGACGGCUGAACGAAGUAACGCAUCGUGUGGAAACGUAUAAACAGCAGCCAAAGACUCUUAGAUGCGUGACGUCGAUUCUCAAUGUGGAGGGGGAAACCGGAGGAACCGGAGCAAAAUCCAUGCGACCACGGAGAGACAAACUCCAAAUACACAGCAGCAGCAGCAGG